AGACUCUGCGAAGAUCAUAGAGACUGUAAUCAGAUGGUGCAGUGAGCAGUUCUGUGUUGGCGGUGGUCUAGAUGCGUCCAUCUGCUCGCCGCUAAAUCGAGGGGUUGAAACGCCACGUCUAGAACUUCAACAGGUGCCGCUUGGUUGCUUCGACUUCUCUUCCACUAACAAUUUUCACUGCAUAACAGUAAAGAAUCACGAACGAUCUCUCUUGUUAUUUGGUGAGAUACUACGACGACUUUGUAGAGCAGAAGAAGACUUCUAGAGAUGAACAAAUCAGUCGCUGAGCACACAGCUUUAAGCUUAGUGCACAGUAUGCAUAAUAUUUAUGUUCAAAAGGUAGGACUUUAUGCACGAUAAGAAAAUUUGCCCAAUUGAGGUAAUGACACCACAUGUUCUUCUCACCUCUAGAUUAUUUCCGUGAGCCGAGUUAUACAUUUGACUUUAUCGGCGCAUCACUAUUGCUGCAAUACCGUGCUUGAAUAUCAUGGCCAUCUUAUCUCAAUUGCCUGAUGAAGCCCUCGAAAGAAUUUUCGAGUUCGUCACAAGCGACCGUGUAUCGCUCGAAAACGUCAGCCUCGUCAACAGCCGCUUCAACAAAAUCGUCUUUCCUCUCCUCGUGCGUCAAUGGAACAACAGCCAAGAAUGUGCCGAGCCUUCUAUUGAGAGACUUGCUCUUCACCUUCUCCGAAACCCCGAUCUUCGAAAGCACGUCAAAAGGCUGGACCUUGGAUACCUUCGACCCUUGCACGAUCAUGAUCCCGAUUCAGCUGACUUGAGUACCGAGAGUCUAGCUGCUCUCGCAGACGCUGCUGGGCAAGAUCUCGAUGUAUCCAAGUUUCUCUCAACUCAAGUAUGUCAUCGCAUACGCCUCGGGUGCGAGGAUGCAAUCGCAGUGUUGAUCUUGGCUUGGUGUACAAGGUUAAGACGUCUGAACAUUACGGUACCUUCUUUCGAUCCUGAAUCUCGCCAACACUUUAUGCCUUUGCUUUACGUGAAGGAGGCUGUUUGUCGAUUGCUUGAUGAACCGGCUGAAAUGGCAUCACAGUUGCCUCUUGGCCAGGUUCGUCAUGUUACCCUGCAACCCUGGAAUAGAAAGGAAGUUUUCGAUAUGGCGUAUGCUAGAUUGUUUCUGCAUUUCCCCAGUAUCGAGACGUUCUGUGCCUAUGGAUUGUUUGAUGAUCUGGAUAAAGAAUCCCUGGCACACCUUGAUGAUUACAUGCUCCCUUUCCCAGUUGGGACAUCAACCAUUACAGAGUUAAACAUCGUGGGAUGUUUACGAGCUGGACUCCCAGAUUUCAUCUCUGCAUGUCGGUCACUCAAAAAGCUCAUUGUUCGUGUCGACUACAGUUCUGGAUACUACGGCGUGCCGGACCAGAAAGAGCUAGCAGAGGCUGUUAUGAAACAAAAAGACUCUCUGGAAGAACUAGACCUCGACAUUAGUCUCAUGAGUUUCCCCAACCCGGAGCCUGUGGUGGAGGAAACCUAUUCACACUUGCCACAUAUCUGGAGUCUUGCGGUUCAUAUCGCCGACCUCUUCGACGGCCUCUGGAAAAAGGGAGUCGAGAACUGUAUCAAGGUCGUUCUUAGUCGAAUACCUCAAGAUAUCCAAGUUCUCACGCCUCGUUGCUCCAGAUUUAUCGAAAACUGGGUUAGUAUUAGUAAUGACGUGUUUCUUGAGCCAUAUCUCGAGGGCAUCAUAGAACUACUCGAGGAAGCUGGACCACAUGGACGGUUUAGCAAGUUGAGAGUUCUCGAUCUCUCGGGAACAUUUGUGGAUGACCCGGUUAUGUUUGAUAUCAAGAAGAUCAAAGCAUUGGCUAGGUCCAGAGGGGUUAAGGUUUUGUUGCAUGACUGAGGCAUGGCCAGGGACCUCUGGUGGGAAUCUGGGAGUUGCAAAAAGGAGUCAUCAUGUUGAACCCCAUACUUAGUUCUCGAGUAGAUGUCAGGUUGAUCACUCGCUGGGGAUUGCUUUGAUUGCUCUUGCAACGAUAUUUCGUUGCAUUCUCAGGGUUCUCCGCUC